AUGAAUGCAAAGGCCUUUUUAUGGGGCAUAAUAGAUUUCUUUAGAAUUAAGGAAUACCCAGAAGCAUCGACACUAGAAAAUGCAGAUAAUAUAUGGGGUCCAGUAACAUCUACCAUAGAUUGGUGUGAGGAGAAUUAUGUAAUAUCUCCUUAUCUAGCAGAGUUUUCCAACACUAUAACUAAUUUAUUUUAUUGUUUUUUGGCCACGUAUAUCACAUUAAGAGCAUAUCAAUACCAUUUGGAAGGGAGGUUCAUUUUAAUUGGUUUAGGUUUUGGACUGGUCGGAAUUGGUUCUUGGUUAUUCCAUAUGACUUUAAAAUAUGAAUAUCAAUUACUAGAUGAAUUACCCAUGAUUUAUGCUACUUGCGUCCCAGCAUGGAGUAUUUUAACCGAACCUAUAUUAUGGAGUAGAUUUAGCAAUAUUGGUAUCAAGAAAGAUGUCAUUGUUGGAUUUAUCAUUACCUCAUCUGCAGUUCUUGUGACUUACACUUAUUUAUUUUACAAGAACCCAAUCAUUCAUCAAAUUUGUUAUGGUGCCUUGAAUUUGACGAUUAUUGUAUGUGCAUCGGUUUAUACAUUUAAAUAUAUUAAGGAUCCUGUUAUAUUGAUUAAUUUAAAAAAAUGUGUCAUUAUUGGUGUUUCCAGUUUCUUAUUGGGAUUUUUUUUCUGGAAUUUAGAUGUCCAAUUCUGUUCUGCUUGGAUUUAUAUUAGAAGAAGUUACCUACUUUUACCCAUGGGAGCUUUAUUAGAGAUGCAUGCUUGGUGGCAUUUGUUGACUGGCGUUGGUAUAUAUUAUUCAGUCAUAUAUUUGGAAUAUUUAAGAAUUGCAAUGCAUCAUCAAGAUGAUGAAUAUAUUCUAAUUUGGAAACAUACUGUCUUCCCUGAAGUAGUUUUAAGGGAAAAAAUUCUUGAUUACUGGGGUGGCAAGAUAUCUUUGACUUUUAGAGGUCCUAUUGUACACGAUAUUGAGGAGGUUAGGGUGUUUGAGAAAAGAUUAGAUUAA